AUGUAUCUGAUGCUGAGGAGGUGCCUUCUCCAUGUGUCUGUGAUGGGUGCUCUGCUGGCUGUGGGGGCCACAGAAGGACCCAGAGACCUGAACUGGCCUGGUGUUUCAAGGCAGCUCAGAACCAAAGCCUGGAACCAGAAACUGUAUCCAGACUGGACAGAAGUCCAGGGGUCUGACUGCUGGAGAGGUGGCCAGGUGUCCCUGAAGGUCAGUAAUGAUGGUCCCACUUUGACCGGGGCAAAUGCUUCCUUCUCUGUUAACCUGAACUUUCCUGAAAGCCAAAGAGUGCUGCUGGAUGGGCAAGUCAUCUGGGCCAACAAUGCCACUGUCAAUGGGAGCAAGGUAUGGGAAGGACAGCCCGUCUAUCCCCAGGAUCCUGAUGAUGCCUGCAUCUUCCCUGAUGGAGGACCCUGCCCAUCUGGCCCAUGGCCUCAGAGGAGAAGCUUUGUUUAUGUCUGGAAGACCUGGGGCCAAUACUGGCAAGUUCUGGGGGGCCCAGUGUCUGGGCUGAGCAUUGGCACAGACAGGGCUGUGCUGGGCACACAUACCAUGGAAGUGACUGUCUACCACCACCGAGGGCCCCAGAGUUACGUGCCUCUUGCCCACUCCCACUCAUCCUUUACCAUCACUGAUCAAGUACCCUUCUCCGUGAGUGUAUCCCAGCUGCAGACCUUGGAUGUAGGGAACAAGCAAUUCCUGAGGAAUCAACCUCUGACUUUUGCCCUCCAACUCCAUGACCCCAGUGGCUAUUUGACUGGAGCUGACCUCUCCUACACCUGGGACUUUGGAGACAGUAGUGGGACCCUGAUCUCUCGGACACAUGUGGUAACUCACACAUACCUGGAAGCUGGCCCAGUCACCGCCCAGGUGGUACUGCAGGCUGCCAUUCCUCUCACCUCCUGUGGCUUCUCCCCAGUUCCAGGCACCACAGAUAGGCACAUACCAACUACACAGGUCCCUGGCACCACAGGUGAGCUAGUGCCUACUUCAAAAGUUGUAGGUACUACACCUGGUCAGGUGCCAACGGCAGAGUCCUCUGGAACUACAACUGUGGAAGUGCCAACCACAGAAGUCAUUGGCACUACACCUGGGCAAAUGCCAACCUCAGGGGCUAUAAGCACGAUCCUUGCAGAGUUGCCAACUGCAGAGCUCAUAGGUACCACAGCUGCAGAGAUGUCAUCUGCAGAUGCCUCUGAAACCACAGCUACACAGGUAACAACUACAGUGUUGGUGGAGACCACAGCUGCGGAGGUAGCCAGUCCUAAGUCUGAGGGCCCAGAUGCUAGCCCAUUCAUGCCUACAGAAGUUAUUACAGGUUCCAUGAGCCCCCUGUUGGAAGGCACAGCUACCUUAAUCCUGGUGAAGCGACAGGUGCCUCUGGAUUGCAUUCUGUAUCGAUAUGGCUCCUUUUCUCUCACCCUGGACAUUGUCCAGGGUAUUGAGAGUGCUGAGAUCCUGCAGGCUGUGCCAUCCAGUGAGGGGGAUGCCUUUGAGCUGACAGUGUCCUGCCAAGGCGGGCUGCCCAAGGAAGCUUGUAUGGACAUCUCAUCACCAGGGUGUCAGCCCCCUGCCCAGAGGCUGUGCCAACCUGUGCCACCCAGCCCAGUCUGCCAGAUGGUUCUGCAUCAAGUACUGAAAGGAGGCUCAGGGAUCUACUGCCUCAAUGUAUCUUUGGCUGAUGCCAACAGCCUGGCAAUGGUCAGCACUCAGCUUGUCAUGCCUGUGCUUGGGAUUCUGCUCACAGGUCAAGAGAUAGGCCUUGGCCAGCUUCCCUUGUUUGUGGGCAUCUUGUUAGUAUUGAUGGCUGUCGUGCUUGCAUCUUUGAUAUAUAGGCGAAGAUUUAUGAAGCAGGGCUUAGCUUUCCCUCUUCCCCGGGUGCCACAUGGUGCAAUCCAUUGGCUACGUCUGCCCCAAGUCUUCCGACCUUGUUCCAUAGGUGAAAACAGCCCCCUCCUCAAUGGGCAGCAGGUCUGA